UCAAAGAAUUGCUCUUAGUCUCGUAUGUAUGUUACCAGGACAAAAACAAAGUCUACUAGUGCCAUGUCUCUAGGACAUUAAGUUGAAAUGAAGUCCUUGCUCAAGUGAUCAUUUGGUUGUGUUUCACUGUCUAAUGGCUGCAUACGACGAGAAUUUAGAGGAAAAUCCCUUCUACAACCACCUCAAAGUCACUUAUCCGGACCUUGUAUCAAAAUGUGUCGAAGAAGAAUGGAUCAUUUGCGUUCCACGACGUUUGGCACUGGGAUCGUUAUCAAUACCAGCUCAGAGACACAUCACCGCACACAUUUUAGUGCCAAAUCCAGAGAUGCCGAACACUCAUUUUACAUCCUUAAACGAUGUCGAGAUUCGUCGAAGGGACUCGAAUUUGGUUGUGAUCGAUGCAAACGGCGAGACGUCGUUGGUGAAGAUAGAUUUUUCAGAAUACUUCUAUGACAAUGACCUUAACAAGUUUAGAGUCUUAUGUGUGAGUGCUCCACUUUGCUCAAACGAGGGCAAGAAAGUAGAUUUAAGCAAAGUUGAGGAACCAAAAAAAUUGGACACCGUUCAAGAAUGCCAAGAUUUUCUUGUGCUUGAAGUUGGGGGGCCUAAAUUGCUUUCAGACUUCGAGCCUUACCUAAAUAAGCUAAAGAGUGAAGUCUUACAACUGAAUCAAGAUUUCUCAAUCAGACUGAUCCACAGGAUAUUUCAAGAGUUGUGCUCAGAGACUGUCCAACAUGUAAUACGCUUCUUCCCCAAAUUUCAAGCUUCCUCGGCGUUGAAAACCGCUAUUGAAACAUACCUCUACUCUCAGUUGAAUACGUUUUUUCUUGACCAGAUUCUGCUUCAUAACUUGGAAGAGCAGGAAGCUUUUAAUGUUGCUCUGCGAGGAUUGUCUUACAUCCCUCCAAAGAUCAUUUGCACUGGCUCUUCGCACUUCGCUCCGAAUUUGGCCAAAUCAAGUCACAUCCUGUCCAAGUUGCGCUUUCAAAGUACUCCCAAGGAUAAAACAUUGUUACUCCAAGAUUGUUUCGACUCUUUGCUUGAGACUGAUGUUGAGGACGAUGUUAUCGCGGCUGAUGAUCUUCUUCCUGCAGUUGUCUACUCAAUCAUCGCCUCAGAUGUCCCUGACUGGAUUGGUCAAAUUGGAGUCAUCAAGAUGAAACCUCCUGAGGAGUACAAAUUUGUCGAUCCCAAAAUGAGCUACACUGUGACCACGUUUGAAGCUGCUCUAGAACAUAUCAAGGGUAUUGAUCUGUGUGACAUUCACCGGAGGUCUUUCGAAAGACUCAUUUUGGAUUGCCAUCAAGACGUCUUUCGCUUGGUUUUGCAAGACAAGUUCGAAGAGCUCAGAAAAAGAUUAUUACUCCGAAACCGAAAUCAGCACUCUGUUGAAACAGAGUCACUGCAUCAUCCUCUCUGCGAUUGCAAGGAAUGUGAUCAAUCCGAUGAUGGGAGCGUCCAAGAAUUGAUGGUUGACACCAUUGGCCCAAAAGGCAUGACUCUGCUACAUUUUGCGUGUGCUCUUAGGAAACCGUUGAUUGUGGAGCUCUUGAUCUCGCUAGGGGCUCAAGUGGAUGUCCCCGACUCAUCUGGAAUGACCGCUCUUCAUUUGUCAGCUAAAUUAGGACAUCAAAACGCGCUACUACUCUUGCUUCAUGCGGGUGCGGAUGUCAACCGGACAUGUUUGUCCGGUUAUUCCCCCUUACAUUGGGCAUGUCUUCAAGGUCAUGAUUCUUGUGUCAAAGCUCUCAUAUACUAUUGUGAACACCGAUCUAUUGCAUUGGAUUUGAAUGCUACCAAUGGGUUAGGCAAUGCCCCUCUCCACCUAUGUGCCAAAUGGGGCUUUUCCAAAGCUGUCCGCCUCCUGAUCGAAUAUCAUGCCGAACGAAGCAUUUUGAACCAAGAUCAAGACUCUCCCUUGGAUGUGGCCCAAAACUCAAACAUUAGAGCAAUGCUUCAAAGUCCCGCGGACAACAACGACCUCAACUACUUCAAAAGUCCGACUACGUCAAUGCAAAUCGAAAAAAAGAAUCAAAACCUUAAGCUGUUUAAGGCUGUCCGUGCUGGUGAAUCUGCGCUCGUGUUUCGUCUUCUUCAAGAGCGAUUGAAAAGUCAUGUCCCUAUGAGGUCUUCUUUGUUAAUGUAUGACAAACAAGGCCUCAGUUUACUGCACGCCGCAGUCAAAAGUCAUAACCAAGAGGUCGUUCGAAGACUGGUCGAGAUGGGUGUGCCUGUCCUUGUUCAUGCCCAAAGCUCAGGAAUGACUCCUCUUCAUUUGGCAGCGCUGAAUAACGACCAAAAAGUGGUUGAACUUCUCUGUCGGCAAGUUUCUGCCAAAGGCUUGAAUGCGCAAGACAAAUUGGGAAAUACCUGCCUUCAUUAUUGUGUGGAAAGUGGUGAUGUCGAAAUCAUGUCUCACUUACUUUCCAAGGGCGCUUCUCCGUAUCUUAAGAACUUUUCUGGACUCUGCCCUUACGACAUGGCCACGAAAUCUGGCAAUGUGAAGAUCACCAACUUGAUUCAAAAGUUCGAAAACUAAAUGUUUAAUUCAGUCCAAAUAAAAGAUGGAAAAAUAAACAAUGUUAGCCAAAUCAAAUGCAUAUGUUCGUGGAAAUCAAGUUUUAAGCUGUUUUCUUGAAUUCUUCACAACAUUCCAAGUAGGAAUCCAAGCCACCCACAUCAAAUCUCUUGGAAACUGAGAGACUUUUGACGAGAUUUCUCUCGACCAAAAACUUUAAAAAGUUUCCCGUAGCAUCUCGGGCUUUCAGCGGACCAUUCUUGGUCUCUUUCAAGAAUUCUUCAAUUUCAUGGAGGUGUUCCUGAUGAAUGAGAUAAAAGCAAGGUGAUUGCUUGCGAGAAGCUGUCGUUGAGGGGUCAGGUUUCUCCAAAAAGGAGACAACUCGGCCAGUGGCAUCAGUUUCGAUGAUGCCAUGUUUAUGUACACGUUCCUCAGGACACGGGCAAUCCACAAUCAGGGAGCACGGUUGAUCCUGAUCACUGCCAUUUUCCUCCUGAAA